ACGGAAAGUGGCGUCGCUCUGUGACGACACACGGUCAUGUUCACGUGCCAGGGGUGAGCAGGCCUUUGAUGUACACCGAGUUUGGUGGCGAAAUAGCGGGAGGAGGUGGAGCUCUGCUUCGUGUAGUGGGCGUGGCCAAAAACGUGUUGGGAAGGGGCAGGGCUUUGUGAAAGUUUGGGUACCUCCACAAGAGAGGAGACGGAACUCCGGGGUGUGGACGGGAACAUGUGACGUAGAGGCGGAGCUUAGUGGAUUCGUGGCUCCUCCAUACCGGAGGAGGCGGGGCUGAGUAUAGUGUUUUUGAAGUUUAGAGUUGUCAGGAUCCUAGUGACGCUAAGUAGGCGAGGCGUUAACAGGUCGGCGUCGCGCACCACAAACGCGCAUGCGCAAAUCGACCAUAGCUGAUUGGUUGGCAACGGGCAGCGCCGGCUGAAGGCAGACAAAAUGGCGACGGCAAUGGAUGUGGACGCCCCAAGCUCUACCAAUAGUGGCGGGAAGAAGCGCUUCGAGGUUAAAAAGUGGAAUGCAGUAGCCCUGUGGGCCUGGGACAUUGUGGUGGAUAACUGUGCCAUCUGCCGAAAUCACAUCAUGGACCUCUGUAUAGAAUGUCAAGCAAACCAGGCUUCGGCGACUUCAGAGGAGUGCACUGUCGCUUGGGGUGUGUGUAAUCAUGCCUUCCAUUUCCACUGCAUUUCACGUUGGCUGAAGACCAGACAGGUUUGCCCGUUGGACAACAGGGAGUGGGAAUUCCAGAAGUAUGGCCAUUAAACGGAAACAGCAUCGUUGUGCCUCAGUGGCCAAUGUUAGCAGCCUCCCUGAUGCGCUGUCCUUGACAUCAGCAUUCCACUCAACCUGCUCUGCCUUCCCAGAAUCUUUAAGUGAAGAAUGUUUAUUUAAAUAGCAAAGACUUGACCAUAAACUUGACCCUUUAAAAAAAAAUUCCCUUUUACCUUCUACACUUGCAAAUGUUUAAGAUAAGCAUCUGAAAACUGUUCACAUUAUUGUAGUGGAGAGCCAAAGCAUACUCCAUGUGCAAACUUUUUUUUUUGCUUUACCAUCCCUUUUCCACGUUAUGGAUAGAAAAACAUGAGGAUUUUCUUUAUGUAUUAUAUUUAAUUAAAAAAAACUUUAGCAGA